CAAAUGGCAUGUUUAUUGAAUAUCGAAUAUAGGAUGUUAGUGACUAGGUCUGUCUACGUAUACUGUUAGGGAAACCAUUGAGGGCCGAGAAAACCAGUUUUGUAGGAAGUCACCGAUGCGACAUCGUGUUUGUCAGACUGACUGACAGAACUGAAAUUGCUGAAAAUACAGGUGUUUUGCAAACAACUUCAAGAUAGAACUUUGGAUUGGAUUUAAUCAAUUAGACUGCAGCUUGUGGACGAUGUUGCCUGUGGUUAGGUGGUCCCAGUUGAUGUCACCCAGAUACUAGGCGCUGACGGGCAACUGUGACAGAAGACUGUGGCAGUGUCAAAGUGAGUGACAGUUGUGGGACUCCGUUGCCACGGUGAUUUUUGUGACGAGGCACAAGAGGUUAAUGACCUCUGUGGCAUGUGGUGACAAGGUCACUGUUCUGAAUGACAGUAAUAUUCUUCUGUUUUGAAAGAAAAGAAGUCCUUUGUGAUAUAAGAAUUGGCAGAAAUUUAAUUUUCAAUGAUUAGUGGAUGAAUCACACUGACUCUUGUAAACCUGUCACUUAUAGCACAAUAGUCUCAAUAUAUAUGUGCAAAGUGUAUUCUUGGAAAGAGGAACAUGUAGGAUUGUGUAGAGAGGACUGAAACAGGAAGUGAGCACAUGACAUUAAUCUGACCUCUGACCUCUCAGGGGUACCCGGUAGUAGAAACUUUGGAUUGGUAUCUUUGUGCUGAGUUGACUAAAAUACCACUGACUAUUGUAAAAUAUAAGUUUAUGAUUUGUCAGUGACAUUCCUACAAGGGGUAAAGAGAUAGUUAUUAAAGCCAGCUAUAUGGCAUGGAACAAAGGACUGUAGUGCUCUACUGACUGUAUCUGUCCGGAGGGUUUGUGAGGACUUCCUAUUAAAUGACAUUGUGUUGGUGCUAUUGACCCGAGACAUUAGAGUGACAUUGAUGAAUCUGCUUACACGCAGUUUGCCAAUAUCAGGAGCUAGAGUGGAAAUUGUGACUGUGGUGUAGAUUUAUCUUAAUUAUUAGAAGCCUCGUCUCUCCAUGGUUUGUCAGAAAUAUUGCAUUUUUAUAACAUUAUCAUGUUAUUCAGUGCCACACAAGGGAUAGUGUAUGAAAAAAGCCUAUGUCAUUAGAGCUAAGUCCUCAUGCUAUGCCCUUCAGCUGUGCCCUAAAGCUGUGCCCUAAAGCUGUGUCCUUAAGGUGUGCCGUAAAGCUGUGCCCUAAAGCUGUGCCCUAAAGCUGUGUCCUUAAGGUGUGCCCUAAAGCUGUGCCCUAAAGCUGUGUCCUUCAACUGUGUCCUUAAGUUGCAUCCCUAAGCUGUGUCCUUAAGUUGCAUCCCUAAGCUGUGUCCUUAAGUUGCAUCCCUAAGCUGUGUCCUUAAGUUGCAUCCCUAAGCCGUGUCCUUAAGUUGCAUCCCUUAGCUGUGUCCUUAAGUUGCAUCCCUAAGCUGUGUCCUUAAGUUGCAUCCCUAAGCUGUGUCCUUAAGUUGCAUCCCUGAGCUGUGUCCUUUAGAUGCAUCCCUGAGCUGUGUCCUUUAGAUGCAUCGCUGAACUACUGUGUCCUUAAGCUGUGUCCUUGAAUGUGUGGAUCAAAAUUUCGGAAUAUACCAGUUUUCGUGGAUCCUGAUAAGGAGCUGCUAUGGCAUUUGUGAAGAAGCGGGAGAGAAUGUCGAAUCAAAGCAUCUCGGGUGUGGGGCUCUCCAAGCGGGAGAUCAAGAAAAACUACAAGUACCUGGUCCGGAGCUUGCUGACCGAAGCUGAGAAGGAGUUCAUGUACCGCUGUGCCAAGAAGUACCAGCGAUCACGUCACAUCGAGAUCUUCUGCCAGGAACUCGUACAGAUCAUCAACACCCCGGGCAAGCUUCGCCUCAUGCCCUACAUUCGCACCAUCCUCUCCGAGUUUGACAAACACGACUUUGACAAGUUUGUUGCCAGGCUGGACUAUAAGCUGGAAGGAAGAACCGACUUCACCAUCAGAUCGAAACCUGACACCUACUCUCACGCACCAUCUGUGAGGUCAAGUAUUCCCAACGGACGGUCGGACCUCCGUGUAGUUGUCAUACCCCAUAGAGACGAGAACCUUGGCUUCAGCAUACGAGGUGGCUCUGAACACGGACUCGGGAUAUUCGUCAGCGAAGUCGACGACGGGUCAACUGCAGCUGCCUCUGGUUUAGAAGUUGGUGACCAGAUUCUAGAGGCAAACAAUAUCAGCCUUGAGAACGCGGCUUGCAGCAGCGCGGUGAGGGUGUUGACCGUCACCGACCGCCUUAAGCUGGUGGUGAAGCGGACGGGAAAACUACCCGAGUGGAAGUUUGCCAGGGAGAAGGUUCUGUGGUAUGACGUCCACGAAGGUGACAUCAUCGCCGCCGCGCCCACAGAUCCGGACACGUACCACAUCUCGGGACUUGACCGGCAACACAUCCGGGAGAAGCGAGUGGCAGUGAAGACUGUCAACAACACAGACUUCAUAGGACUCAAUAUCAGGGGUGGCAGUGAAUAUGGCCUGGGAAUCUUUGUAUCCAGAGUGGACCCUGGUGGUCUAGCGGAGAAGAAUGGUGUGUGUACGGGAGACCAGAUACUGGAUGUGAAUGGUACCGACUUCUCCAAAAUCUCCCAUAGUGCAGCAGCAGACUACCUGCGUACCAACCCCAACCUUGUUCUUACUUUGAGGGAAGUGGGGCGUUAUCCGGCCUACAAGGAACUGUUUGCAGAGUACACGUGGAGCGACCGAGCUCAUCGCAACUCAGGUAGAGUAGCCAUGUUCGACAGCCCUAUAUCGAGUAGACACAGCACCCUGCACAUCCGCACAACCCCACAGUAUGCUUCGCGUUUACCCAUGGCUAGAAGUCUUGACAAUAUUCCAUCCACCAUCUACCUGCCCAGCGAGUCCCGCAGUGGCGACCUCAUCUAUCAUGAAGAAAACCUUUACGAGUUCCGGUCGGAUAGACACGACACCACUGACCUUCGACUGAAGGAUGAUGAUUAUGAUGAUACUCACUUUGUUCGGUUAAACGGAAAUGACAUGAAUGACACAGACUCGGGAAAGAUCAAGCGACACCAGGAACAGAGGGUGUUUCCCAGUACAUCAAAAGUCAUCUAUGAGAAUGACUUACGACAGCAUUACGAGACAGCGGAAAUAGUCAGACCUGAAAUUCAGCCCGCUGUGUACAUUUCGGAUAAUUACAGCCAAAGGGAGGCAACUCACAUAAGGACAAACCCUAUUUAUGCGAACACAAAUUCAAGAGGCCAUUAUGUCUCCCUGCAAGAAAUAAAUGAGUCCACACAGGAUAGACCUCUAAAUUUGGAGGAAUAUGUCAUACCUAAAAGUAAUUUACCUGUGCACCAACAGAACGGUGUUGAUACUGUCGACACUGUCAUUGUCACAGAAGUGCAGGAGGAACCAGUGUACAGCAAGGUCAACAAGAAGAAGUUGGAGAAGACCGGAGCCGUGACGGACGGCUCCAUGACUCCUGAGGAGGAGGAGGUGCUCAACGACUUCCAAGAGCAGCUGAAGAUGCUGGAAGACAGGAAGUCCCAUCUUGGCAACCGAGCCAUCACGCAGAUCGACCACUCCAAAAAAGAUUCGGAUGGCAAGAAAGGGACUUGGUCACGUCUCAAGUCUAAGCUGAAAGGCGGCAUCACAAGGAAAAAGAAAGACACGGACCAGUCCCACCCUGCCCUGCAGACCCAGGCCAGCAUUGACCCCAACAAGAUGGCCAUCCUGAAGGAGAACGCUCAGGAGAAGUUGCCAGAGAAGGAGAGCACUGAAGUUAUCAGUCUGGUGGAAUCAUACCAUGAGACCAAGGAUCUGGACUCACUGGUGAAGUCACUGCUGAAGAUACUGGACAAGCCAGACAAGAUGCUUCUGCUUAGGGAUGUCAGGGGUGUUAUCUACCCGUACCACAUAGCCCGCUUUGACAACAUGGUCAACUUCUACGAGAUAGAGAGAUACGAAGAUUUAUCUACCAAGCUGCAUCUGCCACUUCGUCACCGAGAGAGUAUGAAGGAUCGGCCCAAGAAACAACUCAUGACCACCGUGUUGGAUAAACCAUCAGAUUAUGAUGAAAAUGGCCACUUCCACAUCAAGACAGUGGAUCAGUAUGAAAGGGACAAGAGGACGGAGGCUAAAGUUCUACAAACCAUGAAGACUCACUCAAGUUUCGACAGCCCCCAACCAGUUGCAGCUAAACCAGUUGCAGCUAAACCAGUUGCAGUCAAACCAGUUGCAGUCAAACCAGUUUCAGCCACACCAGUUUCAGCCACACCAGUUGCAGCCAAACCAAUCCACCUCAAGGAGACGUCGGCCAUUACAUCCGAACACAAACCUACCACCCCUGAGCCGAUCCACUGGGUGAAGCUGAACCACGUUGCAGACAGUGGACAUAAACGCACAAUUCGGCAAAUUUUCAAUAAUAAGGAUGGCAUUCCACACCUAAAUUCCACGGUUGUGUUUGUCCCUAAGCUAAAGAAAACUUUAGGACUCCGCUUGAGAGGGGGCCUUAUCGGUCAAGUUUUUCUACCAGUUCGUAUCGAUGAGGUGCUCGUGGACAGUGCAGCUGCAGAUGAAGAGAAACUCCAGCCUGGUGUGACGUUGAUAUCGGUGGACAGUCAGAGUCUGGGUGGCUACACUGUGGAGGACACAGAGGAACUGCUGGAGAAGGCAUUCCACAGCAAGGCCACGACCAUGAUCAAGCUGGAGAUCAACACAGACAAGCGUAUGGCUUGACUCACCUCAAUGUGUGCUCAUGAACAAACUGUGGGAGACAACUGCAGCAGACGUCAAAUAUUAUGUAGUCUGAAGGGCUUGGAAAAGUUACCGGUAUUUAUUUUUCCCUGGUCAGUUGAAGAGAGAUUAUAUUCAGACACGGACAAGCGUAUGGCUUGACUCACCUCAAUGUGUGCUCAUGAACAAACUGUGGGAGACAACUGCAGCAGAUGUCAAAUAUUAUGUAGCCUGAAGGGCUUGGAAAAGUUACUGGUAUUUAUUUUUCCCUGGUCAGUUGAAGAUAGAUUAUAUUCAGACACGGACAAGCGUAUGGCUUGACUCACCUCAAUGUGUGCUCAUGAACAAACUGUGGGAGACAACUGCAGCAGACGUCAAAUAUUAUGUAGUCUGAAGGGCUUGGAAAAGUUACCGGUAUUUAUUUUUCCCUGGUCAGUUGAAGAGAGAUUAUAUUCAGACACGGACAAGCGUAUGGCUUGACUCACCUCAAUGUGUGCUCAUGAACAAACUGUGGGAGACAACUGCAGCAGACGUCAAAUAUUAUGUGGUCUUAAGGGCUUGGAAGAGUUACCGGUAUUGAUAUUUCCCUGGUCAGUUGAAGAUGGAUUUGAUUCAAACCUUUUUAAAGGAGACUUGUGACACUGUGAACACCAUUACAUGGUUUACUCCUCCGCCUAACUGUUCUGCCUCUGUGUAUCAUGGCAACCAAGGUGAAGGUCAUUUGAAGCAUUCCAUUAUAUGACACUGUAGUGAUUAGCAUGUCACGAGGCAUCCAGUGCCAAGGAACAUGUCAUGAGGCAUCAAGUGCCAAGGAACAUGUCAUGAGGCAUCGAUUGCCAAGGAACUUGUCAUGAGGCAUCGAGUGUCAAGGAACAUGUCAUGAGGCAUCAAGUGCCAAGGAACGUGUCAUCAGGCAUCAAGUGCCAAGGAACAUGUCAUGAGGCAUCAAGUGCUAAGGAACAUGUCAUCAGGCAUCAAGUGCCAAGGAACAUGUCUUCAGGCAUCAAGUGCCAAGGAACUUGUCAUCAGGCAUAGAUUGCCAAGGAACAUGUCAUGAGGCAUCAAUUGCCAAGGAACUUGUCAUGAGGCAUCCAGUGCCAAGGAACGUGUCAUGAGGCAUCAAGUGCCAAGGAACUUGUCAUGAGGCAUUGAUUGCAAAGGAACAUGUCAUGAGGCAUCAAGUGCCAAGGAACAUGUCAUGAGGCAUCAAGUGCCAAGGAACAUGUCAUGAGGCAUCGAGUGUCAAGGAAAAUGUCAUGAGGCAUCGAGUGCCAAGGAACAUGUCAUGAGGCAUCAAGUGCCAAGGAACUUGUCAUGAGGCAUCAAGUGCCAAGGAACUUGUCAUGAGGCAUCAAGUGCCAAGGAACGUGUCAUGAGGCAUCAAGUGCCAAGGAACUUGUCAUGAGGUAUCAAGUGCCAAGGAACUUGUCAUGAGGCAUCGAUUGCAAAGGAACAUGUCAUGAGGCAUCAAGUGCCAAGGAACGUGUCAUGAGGCAUCAAGUGCCAAGGAACUUGUCAUGAGGCAUCAAGUGCCAAGGAACUUGUCAUGAGGCAUCAAGUGCCAAGGAACAUGUCAUGAGGCAUCAAGUGCCAAGGAACUUGUCAUGAGGCAUCAAGUGCCAAGGAACAUGUCAUGAGGCAUCCAGUGCCAAGGAACUUGUCAUGAGGCAUCAAGUGCCAAGGAACAUGUCAUGAGGCAUCAAGUGCCAAGGAACUUGUCAUGAGGCAUACAUUGUCGGGGCAUGUGAUAUGUGAUAGCAUCCUGUUCAACAAGGUGUAUACCUACCUACAUGUUUAACCCUACCUAGUGAGUAUAGUACUACAACCAGCCCAUCUGUGUCAACCCAUGUGUCAACCAAUCCUGUAUAUGUGUUAACCAAUGUGUCAACCAAUCCUGUAUGUGUUAACCCAUGUGUCAACCAAUCCUGUAUGUGUGUUAACCCAUGUGUCAACCAAUCCUGUAUAUGUGUUAACCCAUGUGUCAACCGAUCCUGUAUGUGUUAACCCAUGUGUCAACCGAUCCUGUAUGUGUGUUAACCCAUGUGUCAACCAAUCCUGUAUGUGUGUUAACCCAUGUUUCAACCAAUCCUGUAUGUGUGUCAACCCAUGUGUGUAAUACUACCCUUCAACCAUCUGUGUGUCAACCCACGUGUCUGUCAACCAAUGUGUGUCGACCUGUCCCAUGUGUCUUCCAACCAUAUGUGUCAACCACAUCAUGGGUGUCAACCCACGUGUCUGUCAACCAAUGUGUGUCAACCUGUCCCAUGUGUCUUCCAACCAAUGUGUCAACCACAUAAUGGGUGUCAACCAAAGCAUGAGUUACAGAAGUGUAACCCGACCUGUGUGUUACCCUACACAGUGUAACAGUGUCAAGGUGUUGUACAGGUUCUUAGACUAUGUUAGAUACAGUAGUUAGAAUUUACCCCCAGCAAACAUGGUUCAUGGGCACGUUACCAUAGUGAUGGCACAUACAGUGGUCAUGUGUUACCAUAGUGAUGGCACAUACUGUGGUCAUGCGUUACCAUAGUGAUGAAACAUUCCGUGGUCAUGCGUUACUAUAGUGAUGACACAUACAGUGGUCAUGUGUUAUCAUAGUGAUGAAACAUUCACUGGUUAUGUGUUACCAUGGUGAUGAUGUAUUCAAUGGUCAUGUGUUACCAUAUUGAUGACACUUAUGAUCAUGUGUUACCAUAGUUAUAUGGAGGAACAGUUGAAACAAAACACAAGUAGAAGGGAUUAAGAAUAUGUACACCAUAGGAAGGCUCUAUUUCAUUGACCAGAAAAUGUGUACCUAUUUUGGGAG